AUGGUUUUCCACGGCCGUUACACUACAGAAAAGGUGACCUAUCCAUCUCAUGGGGAGACCAUUGCCGGCAUCCUGUAUCUGCCCAAAGACGUGGCCAAUCCCCCUGGUAUCGUCGUUCUUGGCCCAUACUCGUUCGUCAAGGAACAAGCCCCGCUGCAGUAUGCCACGCGACUUGCCGACGAGGGCUAUGCCGCUCUGAUCUUCGACCCACGUACGGUCGGUGAGAGCACCGGCCAGCCACGGCGUCUAGAAAACCCCAAGAUGAAGAACGAGGACGUCGUCUCCGGCCUUGACUACCUUGCCGGCAGAGGCGACGUGGAUCCCAAGAGACUGUUCCUCGUCGGUGUUUGCCAAGGCGGCCCCGAGUGUCUAGACGUAGCUUCAUAUGAUGAUCGUGUCGUCGCUGUCGCUUCUGUGACGGGGUAUUAUCGCGAUCAUGAAACUGACGUCUGGAUGAUUUGCACUGGCUGCGUGAACAUCGAGCCCGGUGUCGACGUCGGCUCACUGAAAUUGCCUACACCCGAGCAAGGAGAAGCGCUAUUUCAGUCACGCAUCGAGCGCGCUAAAAAGGCUAAAGAGCUAUACGAGAAAACAGGCCAAGUCACUUACCAACCUUUGGUGGACCCCAAAGCCGCAGACCCAGAUGUCGGUUCCCUCGCUGGUCUCCCGGGACCCGUCGCAUGGUCCUGGUACGGCCCUUGGACUCUCAAAGGGUUUGAGAACCGCUACGCCGUCAUGAGUGAUUUGGAUCACUUUGGGUAUUCGACUGUUCCUGGGGUAGCGAAGCUGACUAAACCGGCUCUGGUGAUUCAUGGAGAUAACUGCAUGAAUGCGCCCGCGGCCAAGAGGCAUUUUGAGUCGAUCCCGACCGAUAAAAAGAAAUUGAUUUGGGAUAAUGAGGUGUCUCAUUUUCAGCAUUACGAUCAGCCGGAUAUUGUGGAUAACAACGUUGGUGAGAUUGCGGCUUGGUUUGCGCAGGUCGAGGCGUAG